UCCGUCCAUUCCCAGCCUCCACGGAUCCUCUGGCUUUUGGCAAGCCAUGAAACCAGAAUUCACAGGCUGAUGGGCCCUUUUCCCUGCGGUGUCUCUCAGUGUUGUCUCUUCACAUGGACACAAAUGACUCCUCCAGCACGUGAAGCUGUCCUGGGGGCUCUGCCUGACCCUGCUGCUUCUAUUCUGAGUCCAGCAUCCAGAGAGGAAACUCGCACCCAUCCUCUGCACCAGCACAGCCAACUGCUUGAGGAGGGUGCAGUUCUGACCCCCUGUGCUAUUCCUGCUUCUCUGUGCUUUAACCUCUCCUAUUGCUGGGUACGCAGUGACCCGUUCUCAGCCUUGAGGUCUUUGUUCACCUCUCCUCAUUUCUCCAGCCCUUGCGCUGAUGCUUGGCUUUAGCUCUAUUGGCAGCAACCAACCUGAUGCAACCUUCAGAGUCCUGCCCAGCUGAUGGAGGAGGAGGAGAAGCCUUCUGCCUGUGCCACUUCAGCUCUUCACUGCCUUUAGGGUGCAGCUCUGGCCCCCAACCCUGCGGAGAUGAGGAUAACUCCUAUGGCAGGAUCUGCUCCCAUGGCUGUGUCUUUGGUGGGGGAGCGCUGUAAAGCAUGAAACCACACUUGUGAAACCAGCCCAGGGCAGAAGUCACAUGCACGAGGGAGACGUUGCAAGUUGGUGCUUGCAGCUCAUAAGAGGCAGUGCGGAGGUGCAGGCUCCUUGCCUUGGCUGAGCCCUGCCUGGUUAGCCCCUGGUGCCCAGGAGAUGCAGAGAGGAGACUGACCCAGAGCACAGGCUGGGGCUGUGGGGCUGGAGACCCCGCAUGGGGCAGAGGGGAAUGGCAGCAGAUAAAGGACAGUGAGGAGGAGGAGGAGGGAGCUGAGCUCGCUCCCCGGCAGCAAGAGCUGAGCUGGAUCAGGGCUGGAAGAUGCCUUGUUGCCCAUGGAAAGCAGGAUCUCAAGGAAGCCAUCAGUGGGAGUGCGAAUGAGGAUUUCACAAUCUGCUCCCCAGCCAGGAGAACAAACCACCUGCCCUGGGGCUGACGCCGUGUUUCUUAGCCGUGGAAGAUAAGAGACAGACAAAGUGCUGGAUUUGUGACAGUGCAGCCCCGUCCCCACAGGAGAGGCACCUUCAGCAUGGCCCAUGCAAGCCAAACUGGUGGAACUGAGAAAAACGGGUCACUGCCCUCCAUCCUCUACUGUAAGAGUGAUUUAAAGGAAGGAUCCCUGCAAUGGGUGAAAGAACCCCUCAAUGGGCAGGUGCUCAUGGUGCUCAGCAUGGACAACAGCUGCUCAGCCACCUCCUUUGAUAUGGAGCUUUGUGCAGAGAAACUCCAGUCCCUUGGGGUUCAGGUGGCGGCGGAGCAGUGGAGAAGGUUGAUCCAGGAUGCUGUUCUGAAGCCUGAGGUGAGACGGUACAUGUUCUACAACUCCAGGGCAUUCCAGAUAGCCAUUGCUGUGGUUUUCUACAUGUCUCUCUGGACAAACAUUUACACCACAGUCCAGCUGUGCUCCUUCGGACGCUACUGGGAGGCCAGCGUGCUGGUGACCCUGGCUGCUGUAGCAGUCACUGUGGUUGUGAUCCUGGUUAUUGACCAUCGCCAGAGGAAGAUAAAUGUGAACACAGACGUGAGGCUGGCCGCUGUCAAUGAAGUCUUUAUCAAACACAGUUUAAUUCUGGGCAUUACAGAUGUCCUGGAUGGGCCACACAGCAUCCUACAACUGUGGUUUGUGCACUUCAGCCCAGAGCGCUGCCUCCAGUCCUUAUCAGCCCACAUCAGGGACCUGCAGAGGACCCGGGAGCCGGCCCUGCGGCACAGCCUGGAUGAGCUCUGUGUGGUUAUGGAAGCAGUGGUUUCCCCUGACCUGGGCACGGAGGAGGAGGCUUCGCGUGAGGAGUCCCCUCUGUUAUCCAGUGGGGUGAACCUAAAUAAGGAGCCUGUGACAUGCAAUGAGCUGCUCCACCUUGUUCCUGAAGGCCCACCAGAGGUGAUGGCCCAGCAGCUCCUGGUCAUCUUCAGUGGAUGCUAUGUCCGGCUCCUGGUGACCGGGCGGCUGCCCCGGGCCAUGGCAGGGGGGCACCUGGAGCAGAGCAGCGUGCCCUGUCUGUGCCAGUACAUCCAGAGCUCUGUGCUCAACGCCCACCGGAGCUGGUUCGUGGCACGGUGACCGGAGGGGGCUGCAGUAUGCAGAAAGGCAAGCUGUCCAUACACAGCAGUGUGAAGAUGUCGUGGAGCAGAGAGAACGGCUGCGAUUGCCCAUCCUGGACUCAGCUGGAUGAACAAGUGGAAGUAGGACUCUAAUAAACCAUACGAGACA